GAGCCCUAGCCACGACGCCCACAAGCCCAAGGGACAGAGCCAGACCCAGGCAGAGAGGGAGGGAGGAGCAGCUGCAGCCCAGGAGGACGCCCGGCCAAGGCAGCAGCAACAGCAGCAGCAGCAGCAGCCCCGGGACUUGUGGGCCCAGAAAGGUCUCUUAGAAGAAAGACGGAACACCCUUAGGCUGCUGUAUGAAUAUUUGCUUUUGGACCGACAGGAAUACUUCAAGAACCGAAAAUGCCAAAACCAGUCAAUGUUCGGGUUACCACUAUGGAUGCAGAGCUGGAGUUUGCCAUCCAGCCUAAUACUACAGGCAAACAGCUGUUUGACCAGGUGGUCAAGACUAUUGGAUUGCGUGAAGUCUGGUACUUUGGUCUUCAGUAUGUGGAUAAUAAAGGAUUCCCAACCUGGCUGAAGCUUGACAAAAAGGUCUCAGCUCAAGAGGUCAGGAAAGAGAACCCACUGCAGUUCAAAUUCCGUGCCAAGUUUUUUCCUGAAGAUGUAGCUGAAGAGCUGAUCCAGGACAUUACGCAAAAGCUAUUCUUCCUGCAGGUGAAGGAAGGCAUCCUCAGUGACGAGAUCUACUGCCCACCUGAAACUGCAGUCCUCCUUGGGUCAUAUGCUGUGCAAGCUAAAUUUGGGGACUAUAAUAAAGAAUUACACAAGGCUGGAUAUCUCAGUUCUGAACGCCUAAUUCCCCAGCGAGUAAUGGACCAACAUAAACUCUCAAGAGAACAGUGGGAAGAACGGAUCCAAGUGUGGCAUGCUGAACAUGGUGGGAUGCUCAAAGAGAAUGCCAUGCUGGAAUACUUGAAGAUUGCCCAGGACUUAGAGAUGUAUGGAAUCAACUACUUUGAAAUUAAGAACAAGAAAGGGACAGAUCUCUGGCUGGGAGUAGAUGCCCUUGGGCUGAACAUUUAUGAGAAGGACGACAAAUUAACCCCUAAAAUUGGCUUUCCUUGGAGUGAGAUCAGAAACAUCUCUUUCAAUGACAAGAAGUUUGUUAUAAAGCCAAUUGACAAGAAAGCACCAGACUUUGUGUUUUAUGCCCCUCGUCUAAGAAUUAACAAGAGAAUCCUGCAGCUGUGCAUGGGAAAUCAUGAGCUGUACAUGCGCCGUAGGAAACCUGAUACCAUUGAGGUCCAACAGAUGAAAGCCCAGGCCCGUGAAGAGAAGCACCAGAAACAGCUGGAAAGGCAACAGCUAGAAAAUGAAAAGAAGAAAAGAGAAACUAUUGAAAAGGAGAAAGAGCAAAUGCUAAGGGAGAAAGAAGAGCUGAUGAUGAGACUGCAAGAGUAUGAACAGAAGACACAGAAAGCAGAAAAAGAGCUCUCAGACCAAAUCCAAAAAGCCAGGCAGCUGGAAGAUGAAAGGAAAAGGGCUCAGGAGGAAGCUGAGCGUCUGGAGAACGAGCGUUUGGCCGCCCUGCAAGCCAAGGAGGAACUGGAAAAGCAAGCUGUUGACCAGAUGAAGAGCCAGGAGCAGCUGGCUACAGAGCUUGCAGAAUACACAGCUCGAAUUGCACUUCUGGAAGAGGCAAGGAAACGCAAAGAGAAUGAAGUGGAAGAAUGGCAGCACAGGGCUAAGGAAGCCCAAGAAGAUCUUGUAAAAACAAAAGAGGAACUACACUUGGUGAUGACUGCUCCUCCUCCUCCACCACCACCUGUUUAUGAGCCAGUGAACUACCAUGUCCAUGAUAACUUUCAAGAUGAAGGAACAGAGUCCUCCGGCUACAGUGCAGAAUUCUCCAGUGAAGGCAUAUUGGAUGAUCGCAAUGAGGAGAAACGGAUUACUGAAGCAGAGAAAAAUGAACGUGUGCAAAAACAGCUGAAGACGCUGACUGAUGAACUAGCCCAGGCCAGAGAUGAGAACAAGAAGACACAAAACGACCUCAUCCACACAGAGAACAUGCGACAAGGACGUGACAAGUACAAGACACUGAGGCAGAUCCGGCAAGGCAACACAAAGCAGAGAAUUGAUGAGUUUGAGGCUAUGUAAAUACCCCAACACAAGACUCUGGGAAAGACAGCUUUUGAAUGCUGACUUUUCUUUCUUUCUGAAGGGUUACUGGACAUUCAUAACAACAACAAAAAAAGCCCCCAAGUCUUCACCUUAUCAAAUGCUACCUGAAUCUAGCAGAAGCAGCGAUCAACUUUUGAGUAUAUCGGAAUAGCUGCCACAGAGUUUCAAUCAAAUUUUGGUCAUGUCCUAGUGCCAAAAGGCCUCUUAGAAUUGCUCAUCCCCCACAUAUGUUCACAGUGUGCUUCUUAAGUACAGGCAUCUCUACAAUGGCAUUUAAGUUCAGAUUUGGGGCUGAGGCACUGUUAGUUUGUUGUGCCAUCUUCCUUGUUUUUAAACACCACAUGUAAUUCACCAUUGUAAAGGUCUCCAGAUUGUCCAUCACUUCCCCUCACCCCUUAGCAUUUAUCCCUCUUGUAGGAAUGUAGGUGGAAACCACUUAAACAUAGGCCUGAGGAAACCUUUUAAUAGCACUGUUGUAUUGAAGAGGCGCCCACAGUGAUCACUCAAAAGAAAUACAGCACAGGCACACUUGGUUGCCUUUCUUGCAUGGGAUAGUCAGGGAUAUUGUUGGCCUUCAAUAUUAUUGAAGAGUGGUACUCCAGCUUAACCAAUCAGCUGUAAUGUAGUAUUUAUAUAUAUACCUUUAUUAAGUGAGAUAUAUAAUUCUAGUUUGAAAAGGGAGGUGAAAAUGCUUUUGCUCUGUAUAUUUUGUUACUACUUUCAGACUUGAUGUUAAAAGAAUAAUAUGUAAAAGAAUUAAACAUUAUCUCUUAGUUUCUGGGUUGAGACAGCAUACGAAACUGAUUAUGAUCUAGAAAAUAUUUGUAAAGAUUUUUUUUACUUUAAUUGAACAUUGUGAUACAUGCCUAUGAUUCAGUAUAUACAACUUCACUGUACCUAUUUUUUCUAACAAAUUUUCUAAUUUUUUAAAAUGAUCUAGUUUCAGACUCCAACCAUGAAGGGACUUUGUCAGCGUUUUAUUUUCUCAUUUAAAGAGAAUUUACAUGGAUUUCUUCCACUCCCUAAAUGUAUCCAUCCCAGUCUUUGGAAAUUUACUAGAAUGUCAAUACAGUACAUCAUUAUCUCUGUUCCGCAUACAACUCCCUAUGCUGCUUUAUAUUCAAAAGUUUAAACCUUUGUAACCUGAUAACAGUGUUGUGGGAUUUGUUUUUGUGCAAUUCACCCACAAAUAAAAUCUGUAAGGCAACGUGA